GGUGGGGGCGGAGCCAGGGCCGGAAGUAGAACGGUCGCGGCCGCGGAGGCUCUGGCAGCUCGGGACUGAGUGCAAGCCCAUCCUACACCUCAACGCCAAGAAACGAGAUGUUGACUGGGGGCCAAGGGGGUGCUUGAACUAGGGGUGAGGCCAAAGUUCGCAGGCGGGACAAAACAGGGUUUCCAGGAGAAGAAAGAGAACGGGUCGUUUAGGCGGGUUGUGGAUUGACCUCAGGAAUAUGCGCGGAAGAGGCGGCGAAAGGACUCAUCUGUGGCUGGUCAGUCAUCUCCGUUAACUGGAGAACCGUCCACCCUCUCAGCACGGUAACAGAAUCACCAUGAUUCUUCAGAGGCUCUUCAGGUUCUCCUCUCUCAUUCGGUCUGCAGUCUCAGUUCAUUUGAGGAGGAACAUUGGUGUUACAGCAGUGGCAUUUAAUAAGGAACUUGAUCCUGUACAAAAACUCUUCGUGGACAAGAUUAGAGAAUACAGAACUAAGCGACAUGUACAAGAUGAGUUUUUACCUGCUCGUUUACACAACAGGGCAUCUGGAGGACCCGUUGAUAUUGGCCCAGAGUACCAGCAAGACCUAGAGAGGGAGGUUUUUAAGCUUAAGCAAAUGUAUGGUAAAGCAGACAUGAAUACGUUCCCGGACUUCAAAUUUGAAGAUCCUAAAUUUGAAGUCAUCGAAAAACCCCAGUCCUGAAGAAAGAAUGUAAAAUUUAUUUGGUAACUUGUCCUAGAUUAGUUGUACAACUGUAUCAGAAUAAACAUACAUUUCUCAGCUGUCAAGUGUUCUUUUAAUUCUGAUUCCAAAUAAAUUAUUUGGUGAUGUUGGGUGUA